UGAAAGUUGAUUCAUCUAAGUUAUCAUAGCAAACAGUGAUGAUUAUAUGUGUUACUAAGCACUAUAAUAAGCAACAAAAAUAAAUUCCACACCAAAUUCUUAAGUUUGAAGAGAAAUUGGACUUAAAUUUUGUACUUAUUAAAAAUUGUGAAAUUAAAAUCCAUUAGAUCGUAAACUUCCUUCCACAUUAGGUGGUCGCUUCUCCAUGAAUCCCUCCACACUUGUCUCUCCCCAUUGAUUUCUUUAUUUUUUUUAUAUUAAGAAAUAGCUACAUAUUGCAUGAGAUUUGUUAGACGGUUGCACAGAAACAAAGCAACAAUACAAGGAAAGAGCGAUUGUUGAAUCGUUUGAAUGGCGACGUUCAGCGAAGCACCGGCUGGCGACGCGAAAUCCGGCGAGAAGAUCUUCAAAACUAAGUGCGCGCAGUGCCACACCGCCGAGAAAGGCGCCGGCCACAAACAAGGUCCUAACUUGAAUGGCCUCUUUGGAAGACAAUCCGGUACAACCCCUGGUUAUUCUUACUCAGCUGCAAACAAGAACAUGGCUGUGACUUGGGGAGAGAACACACUUUAUGACUACUUGCUAAAUCCAAAGAAGUACAUUCCUGGAACUAAGAUGGUUUUCCCUGGAUUGAAGAAACCUCAAGAGCGCACAGAUCUGAUUGCAUAUCUCAAGGAGGCUACUGCUUGAGGACUCAGAGCUAGUGUUUAUAGCUUCAUGAUAAGCUAAGAGAUAAAUGAAUUGUUGAUUUUUUAUAAGACGAAUUAAGUACUACUAGUUAGAUGCUUUGGUGGAUAAGAGCAUCAUAUUUCUACAUUGCUUUCUUCUUCAUUUUGUUCAUCUGGAACCAUUGCCGGACAUCCAUAGGAAAAUUAUAAUCUCCAAAUUUAGAAUUCAUAGUCUCUAUUGAAACAAUUUUUUUUGUGUUCGGCCAUUUAUGACAUUGAAAUAUGAUCAUAUGUCUUA